AUGUUUGGAGUCAUAGUUUCUGGAAGAUUUGUGCAAACUGAAUUUCAACAAAUCAGUGAAACUCAACUAGUCACUACUAUCAAUGAUGCUGAUAACAUAAAUCAUGUUGCUGUGUUCCUGACUGGUGCGAUCCCUUUUCCAGAAGGAACAGCUGGCCAAGUAUAUUUCAGCUGGCCUGAUCCUGUUGCCCCACCAAACUGGCAACCACUUGGAUUUUUAUCAAAUCAAAAGCCAUCUGCAAUUUACAAAAUUUCCAGCCUCAAAAGGUUGGAAGAAAUGGGUGAUUCUUCAAAUUUGAUGUUUGGACAAAGCCAUAUAGUCCACAAUGCUCAAAUAGGAAUAUCUAUAGAGCCCUUAUCAAAUAUCCAAGAUAUUCCAUCCCCCAAUAAUGCUGAAUCAUAUGUUAGUUUUGCCCAGAAAAUGUUGAAACAUUUCAUGAACUAUGCACUGAGUUUCACCCUUACUCAGGCAAAUAUGGUUCCUGAUCCCUCUGCAACAUAUGUACCUCUUUCAACAGUUCAAAAUUGGUACACAAAUUUUGAAAGGAGGCUGCAGCAGAACCCAAAUUUUUGGAAAUGA